AUGCUUGAAUGGGUACUGCAAAAUCAAGAAAUAUCUGACACUUCUAUGAGGAACACGAUCGAGCUUGUUGGCUCUGAUACCGCAUCCAUUCAAAAAUUGGAGAUGCAAAUGAGAGACCUCUCUAGGGAGCAAAAUCCAAAGCAAAAGGGAACACUCCCUAGUGACACAAUUGCGAACCCAAAGGGUAGUGGGAAUGGACCAACUUCUCAUGUCAUGGCAAUUACUACUAGGAGUGGGAAGGUACUACAAGGAGAGGGUGAACAAGUGGUUGAGGUAGAAGAGUUCGAGAAAGGGGUUGAGGUUGAAGAGCCAAGUGUUGUCAAAAUUGAGGAAAUUCCGGAAGAUGUGCAAGUGCAAGAAGAGAACCGAGAAGAGGCAAAGGAAAAGAAAGAAGACCCGGGAGAUUUCAACAUUCCUUGUACCAUUGGGUUACAUACUUUUGCAAGAGCCCUUUGUGAUAAUGAAGCUAGCAUCAACUUGAUGCCUCUUGCCAUUUACAAGAAAACAGGAUUAGGUAUGCCAAGGCCCACAAGUAUGAGAUUGCAAAUGGCCGAUCGUUCCAUCAAGUGCCCGGUGGGAAUUGUUGAUGAUGUACUUGUGAAGGUGGGAAAAUUUCAUUUACCUGCCAACUUUGUAAUCCUUGAUUGUGCGGUUGACAAAGAGAUCCCUAUCAUCUUGGGGAGACCAUUCCUUGCCACUGGAAGAGCACUAAUGGAUUCGGAACGGAAUGAGAUUAAAUUUCGUGUGAAUGAUGAAGAGGUUACAUUCCAAGUAAGCAAAGGUAUGAAACUACCGCAUGAGUAUGAAAGCAUCUUAGUGAUCGAUGUUGUUGACAAAGUAGAGGAUGCGGUUGAAAUGAAAAUGGAAGAACAAUGCCUCGGCGAAGCAUUGGCGGCUAUUUUGGUAAACUUUGAUGGUGAGGAUAUGGAGGGAUAUAUGGAAUCGGUAAAUGCAUUGGAUGGGCUUGGGUCUUACACUUAUGCUCUGGCAAAGCUCUCUCUCGACUUGGAGAAUAUAGCCACUCCACCCGCAAAGCCUUCUAUUAUCGAACCUCCGCAACUAGAGCUCAAACCACUUCCACCACACUUGAGGUUUGUGGAAGUAACAUUGGAGAGUGUUGGCUCAAGUUGUAAAAUGAUUUGUGAAAGUAUUAUUGGCAAUUGA